CACAUUUCACUGACAAUCUUGCAAUACUAUAGCAUUAAAGAGUACACAUGGCAUUGGGCAUAGAUUUCGGUAGCCUUGACGAUGCGUUAAAGUUCGAGUCUUUGAAGAAAUAUGUUGCAGAGUUUAUCUCCACUCUGCUCUUCGUCUAUGCUGGCGUGGGGUCGGCCAUGGCUUACGAUAAAUUGACGUCGGACGCGGCGCUAAGCCCGGCGGGUCUGACAGCAGUUGCAGUGGCUCAUGCGUUGGCACUCUUCGUGACCGUCUCCAUCGCUGCCAACAUCUCCGGCGGCCACGUCAACCCAGCUGUCACUUUCGGACUCGCCUUGGGCGGCCACAUCACCGUGUUCCAUGGCGUCUUCUACUGGAUUGCUCAGCUUCUGGGCUCCACCGUGGCCUGCCUCCUCUUAAAAUUGACUACUGGCGGUCUGGCGAUUCCGAUCCACAGUGUGGCAUCUGGCAUUAGCUUAGGAGAGGGAGUGGUAAUGGAGAUUGUGAUAACAUUUGGACUGGUGUAUACUGUUUAUGCCACGGCUGCAGAUCCGAGGAAGGGUGAUGUGGGGAUCGUUGCACCCAUUGCAAUUGGGUUCAUCGUGGGAGCCAACAUCUUGGCCGCCGGACCCUUUUCCGGCGGGUCCAUGAACCCUGCUCGUUCUUUUGGCCCGGCUUUGGUGAGCUUUGAUUGGAAGGACCACUGGGUUUACUGGGUGGGUCCUCUUGUUGGAGGAGGACUUGCUGGUAUUGUCUAUGGAGGCAUCUUCAUUGAGCCUUAUUCACACGUUCCCAUUGCCACUGAAUGCUAAGUUUGCUUGGAUAACGUUUUCCUUUUCUGUUCUGUACCAUUGGUGAAUGCAUAAAAUAAUGUACAACAUUUUGGCUAGCUGAUGCUGAAUUCUGAAAUUGGUGGCUUUGUAUUA